AUGAAUAAUCUAAAGGAUUUAGUGGAUUAUGAUGUAAACUAUAGUAUAGUUUGGAAUAAUAUAUUUUUAAGAAAUGUAAUUCUUAAACAUAUUUUAAAGUUUAUUGAAUAUAGUUUUGUAGAUCUUAAUAAAUCACAAUAUGACCAGUUUAAAGAUAAAUCAUAUAUAACAACACUUAGUUGGAAUGGUGAUCCACUACCUGAUAAAAAUGAAUUUCCACCAUUUUUGACAAUUUUAAAUUUGUUCUAUUGUUAUAAAAAGUUAACUCCAACAACUUUACCAAAUACAAUAACUACACUCACAUUCGGUUAUGAAUUUAACAAAGUAAUUCUACUCGACACAUUACCAAAUAGUCUCACAACACUCACAUUCGGUCAACGUUUUAACAAAGUAGUUCAACCCGGCACAUUACCAAGGUGA